UUCCCCCACUAGCACAGCCUAACUGUGCCCUCCAGUGGACAGACAUGUGGACUUGUUUUUAGGUGAUGUAGUUUACAAAUAUUUUUAGUGUGUCGUGGAUAGAAACUUUUUAUUUUUCUCCCCCUUACCCCCCGCCUGUUUUUUUUUUUUUUUCUUCUUUUAUAUAAUGUUUACUCUCAUGGCGACACUUAGAAGGGAACGUCUUGGUGGUGUUUGAGUUUGAACGGCAAAAGCCGCGGCUAGAUCAGUGCAGCCGCCUUUGCGUCUCUACACUGAAGAAAGCAGCAGAAGAAGCGCCUCUGGUUGGGCAGCGCUUCAGACACACAAAGUAAAGCGGGAAGGAGCAAAAGAACCACAAGGACGACUUAUUAAGCAGAUCUGAAGAUUCUUGGAACUACUUAUUUCACUUUUAAAGGUCACCUAAGCGCUGGUCUGGACGAAGAGCAAUAAAGUACCUGCAAGGCCGCUUCCCCGGCCCAAUCUCUGUUAAUGCAAGAUGGGCAACUUUUCCACCAAGGACAACCAUGGGAACACAGGAGCACCUUUGGAGAGUUUCCACACUCCACCUUCAUCUCCUCAGAGCAGCAUUCCCCAACUUCCACUUCCUAUCACAUCACCUACUUUAUCCCCAUUACCAGCUGCAACCAUCACUUUAAGUGGGAAGAAACCACACCAAUGCUCUCCAAGGAGCCCUAUCCCCCCUCCCGACUGGAAGCCUCCUCCACCAGGUGUCCCAAGCAGCUCUGCAGUCAAUCCUGCAUUGAGCCCUGUUCUCAAGAAAACUGGCAGUAUUAUGACAGGCAAGGGGCAAGCCUCUUCAGGGAGAAAUGGCGGCCUACCGACCCCUACAUCCAGGACUUCAGGCUCCCGAGUGAAGAGUGUGGCAGUUAGUCCUAUAAAGAGUACUUCGUCUGUGUGCAACGCGCCACCUGCCACCAGCUCUGUGGAGCAGAGCAAGAAAGAAAGAAACAGUAGUCUUAGUGAGUCUCUCCUGCCAAGUAAUGAAGACAAAGACAAACAAAGCAAAGAACUAGCAAAACUGCUGGAGGAGUGCCGGACUACACUGGGUGUUACAGACAGACAGGAUGGGACCACAAACACAACAGAGAUGCUAAAGCAACUGCUUACUGAAGUGAAAAGUUUAAAGACUUCUUUGCAGACAGAGCGUGGGGAAUGGCUGCAGUUCCAGGCAGACUUUCAGGUGGCCGUGUCAGUGGCUGACCGCCUGAAAGCCGAGGCAGAAGAGGAGCUUAUGGUGUUAAGAACCGCCCACAAGGAAAUUGAGAUGGAGCUGACUGCUGCUCAGCAGAGACAGAAAGAGGCUGAAAAUCAGCUUGUCACUCUACAAAGAGAACUAAAGGAAACCAGGCAAAAACUGUCUGUUUUUACCGAGGUUCAAGACAAAACUGAAGUUCACGCACGACAGGAGCUAAAGAGAUCCAAUGGAGAAUCCAAUGUCUCUGAAAGUAAAGAGGGGACCAAUCGGGGCAGGGUGAGGGGAUUGUGCAGGCUUGGGGGAGAAAGGAUGGAAAGUAAGAGUCAGAAUCUCAUUGUGAAGAAAGCUGUUGAGGACGAUUCAAUAAUAGACUGUAAAGGUCUUACUAGAAGUUCCCUGAGAAAUGUGACCAAUGAGGAUCAGGACGGACCAGAUGUUCAGUCCAUUAAUUCACGAAGGGUAACAACUUCAGAGAGGUCAAGAAGCCUGUCUAGGUUGCCUGCUUCUUCAGACAAUGCUGCCAACCAGAAUGGAACCUUCCAGAUUAGCUCCACUUCAACACUGGGGUCAACCAGCAGGAACUUGGGGCAACUAAGAGGAAGAAAAAGUCUAGAUUGGCAAGAUGGCAAGUUUUCCAGUGAUGCUGGAAAACGUGAAGAGUCUCUAAAUAAGUACAACUCAGCCCUCACCGAGCUGCCACCCACAAAGUCCCAGGAUGGUUUCAACCUAUUGCUACGUCGCCAUGGAGGCUCAAAGAGAAACUCACUGCUCCGCUGGUGUCAGAGCAGAACCCAAGGAUACAAGAAUAUUGAAAUCACAAACUUCAGCAGCAGCUGGGCAGACGGCCUUGCAUUCUGUGCUGUCUAUCACACCUACCUCCCUUCACACGUCCCUUACAGCAGCCUUAGUCCUGAGAACAAGCGAGAAAAUCUCAGCCUGGCAUUCAAAACAGGAGAGACUGUGGGGAUUUCCCCAUCACUGACAGCAGAUGACAUGCUGCGAGCUGGUGGACCUGACUGGCAAAGAGUGCUGGGUUAUGUGGAGAGCAUCUACCGUCACUUUGAGAUGUGAGCGCAUGAGAUACUGAGGAAAUACAGGGGGAAUAUUUUGAGGAAUGUACACAUUUUUCUAACUUCCACCAGUUCUGCCAAAUGGUGGCAAUAGUUGAUAGUUAAUAGGCAACUUGGCAUUUUGGUCCAGAUAUAAUUAUUCUGAAAAAGGUCAAAACAAGGAUGUAUAACCUGCAUUGUGUGCUUUAACAGCUGGUGGCUCAUGUAAUAAAGUCAAGGAAGUGCACUAUGCAAAAUAUCUGACCAAUAGUUGGAGACAAACAGAGGAUCCAAAAAUGACUUACAUUUAGCAAUUUCUUAGAUAUUUAUCUUUUAAGAUGAGGAUGAUUAACUAAGGUCAUAUUUCAUGACUUUUAGAAACUUUCAAAUUUUCUUUCCAAAAGAUAUUCAAAUAACAUAUUUUUUUAUGUCUAGUUCCCUAAAAAAAACUGAAAGCAAACAGAAGGCAGUCCAAAAAUAAGUUGAAGAAUGAUAAAGUCAUCUGUUGGACAGUGCAGAACAGAAUUAUCGACCAAGAAGAGAACAGUGAUGAGGAAGUCUGCAGAAGAGUUUAGCCUCCGAUUAAGAUUAAUCUAAAGGCUCUAAAUGUGUCAAAAAUUUUGCUUUUGAAAUUUUUUCAUGACUGCAUGAGAUACUGAAUAAUAAAACUAUUUAAAUUAUAAAUUAAAUCCACAGUGCUUUGGAAAACUGUGGAAAUGCAGAUUGCGACUUUUUAUAUUUAUUAAUAGGAUUUAUGGGUUUCCGGCACUGAUACAUGUUGAAACAUGCCCUUCAAUGUUCAAAAGCAUUUAAUAGCUUUUUUUUUUUCCAAGCAUUCUUUUGUGGAGGAUGCUAAGUUACUGUACGUGUCUCCACACUGGUACUGUAUACUAAAAGAACUCUGUAGACAGUUUUCCCUCUACGUAUGGUUUUAAUUGUCUAUAUGUUUUUUGCCUUUUGCUUUUAUAUGUGCAAAAAUGCAAUAUUUACUGGAUGCCAUGGUACUCUGCGGAUGUGCACUUUGGAGAUGCCAUUGCUCUACAUUACAUAUCUGGGUUCUUUUAGAGCCUUGAGACUUCUUCCUGUUAAAAGGGAGUCAUUCCUUUCCACUAUUAACACAUGCUUGCUCAGGAUGAGAGAUUGCUACAAAUGAAUUGUAUCUGUCUGUCAUUUAAAGUGCCUUCAGAUUACAUAGUAGAGAUUAGUACUGAAUGACUCUGACUGAAGCAAGGGUCUUGUCAGGUUUAAAUUGAUGAUUAUGACCACAUGCAACCUGAAAACCCUUUUAGUCUGCCAGUGUCGAUUGGGUACUCUGGGAUCUGAAUUGCAAAAUUACUAACAUGACAAAGACUAAUACUUGCUUAUGCAAGCUUUUAAAUCCAGUUUCAACACCAUCACACUUCUUUCUGCUUCCUCAUUAAUUCAUAACUGCUGUUGUUGCUACAUGUGUAAGCUAGGUUUGUUGCCAAAGAUUUAUGUGCCAUAUUUUGGAUGUUCCACUAUAAAAUAAUGUCAAUAUGUAACUAGUGUGAACAGCUUAUUCCAAAGCAAUAAAGUGUUAAAAUAUUAA